UAUUUGGCAUUUGAUCACAAACAAUGGUUGAUUAUGGAUAGUUUGGUUAGGGCUGGGAAUCGGGACCAAUUCGGGUUUCUGUUUGGAUUUAUCCGGGUUUCGGAUCUUCGGGUUUAUGAAUUUUAGUCCCAUUCAGAUAUUAUAAAAGUUUACGUCGGACUGGGUUCAGGUUUGGUCAGGUUCGGUUCGGAUUUAGUUACAUGUUCAAGAGUCGGUUAAAUCCAAAAUAGUUUUGGUUUCAAAUAUUAAAUUGGGUUAUCGAUUCCAAACAUAUUGAUUUGUACUUUAUUAAACUCAAUAUUUCUAAUAGUUUCAAUUAAUUUGUUUAUGUAACUUCUUCAAACCAUAUUGUUAUCUUUUAAAAUAAUUUUGGGAGACUCGUUUAUCAACCAAACGAGUCACUUCUUUGAACUAUAUAUAAAAACAUUAGACAUAUCAUGACAAACCAAAGCUUUGUGCAAACAAGAAUCUCAUUUCAUGUAAACAAAUUAAAUUAACAAUUAGUAACUCUAUAAACCUAAGAAACACUAUUUAAAAUUUAAAAAACAUGUUUAAACUUGAGAAGCAAAUUUAUUCAUAAUUGCAAUUCAAAUGCAAUUGUUGAAACAUAAGAACAUUAAUAUUAACCAAAUGCCAAAAAUAUAUAUUAAACUUUUUAUUUGAGUUACAUUUCUAAUAGUUAAACAUUUUAGGUACUUAAUAAUAUCUUAGUGUAUUUUGGAUAUAUAUUAGGGACUGAGAUCGAGUUUGGUACAAAUUAUUUUCAGGGAUUUUGAUUUUUUUUUUGUUUCAUUCGAAUAUCCAUUUGAGUUUGGGUUCGGAUCGGGUAAAAUCUAUAACCCAAAAUAUUGUAAAACAAGAUUCAUUUGGUAUUUGUGUCAGGUUCGGAUAGGUUUGGAUUCAUUUUUAUCGGGUCAGGUUCAGUUCAGACUUUCUGAUUCGGUUUAUUUGCCCAACCCUAGUUUGGAUGCCACAUUAUCUUAUACCUUACUUUUAAAUUCACAUCACUUGAAUUUGAGAUACAUGACACAAAAAUUAAAAGAAUAGCCAGCUUUUGUAAGUUAUUUGGAAGAUAUCAAAAUCCUCAAAGUAAACUUCCUCAACUCAAUAAUCAUUCAUGUACCACAGACGCAAAAUUCAAAAGCGGAUAGCCUAACCCGCAGUAACAGGAGUCAACUGUCUUGCGUCGUUCACAUCGAUGUGGAAUCACCCGUUUGGUUUAUAAAGUCAAUAUGAAUCUGUUUAUGUUGAUGACAAUACAAAUAGAAACAUGCAUCAAACAUCCAUUAAAUCAAUUUUCUAUAUUUUCAUUAUAUUAAAUAAGGAGACUUUUUAAUAUGGAAUUAAUAAAAAUGACGUUAAAAUAUUUAUGUAAUAAAUGAGUUUGCAUAUAUAAUUUGGGUUUUAUAUAAUAUAUUAUUGUUAUAUAUUAUGAAAGUUUUGAAAACUAAUGCUGAAUUAAUUAUAAGAAAAAUUAAAAUUCUAUUUUAUAGAAAUAUCUAAAUCAUGUCAUUUAUUUUUUAAUAAAUAUCUCAGUAAUUAAUAUACUUCAAAUUCUUAGUUUAUUAAUUAAAUAACUUAAAAAUAUAGUGAUUCUGUAAAAUAUAUUCCAUCAUACCAAAAGUAUAUCCCCAAUUUUUUGUUCAACCGACUUUAAUUAUUCAGUAACUUUAUUAUAUUUUAUAUCUUUCCAUUCGAUGAUCAUGAUUAUACAAUAGUACGUAAUAUUAAACUACCCAAAACCGUAUUAUCGGAUUUACAAAGGCACAGGCCCAGUCCCACAAUCUUUUAGACUGGAAGCAAUCAGAAGAAAACGUGGCCACUGCCAUUUGAUCCCAACCAGAAAAACUCGAGCGAUAAUCCGAACCAAAAUAAUAAUAUACCCGAACUGUUAUAAACAUGUCUGGAUAUAACUUAUAAACAUACAUAUUUUUUUUUGUCAAAAACAUACACAACAACUAAGAUUCUGCAAACCACAUCGGUAACUCGGCAUCCAUAUGAACGACAAGUGACGAUUGCUACUUAGCACGCCGUGCAAGACUGUCCGCUCUUGUAUUAAGCGUCCGGAAUAUAUGAAUGAGCUCUGAGUGAUUGAAAAUUCCCUUCAGUAUCUUAAUGUCUUCCAAAUAACUUGCAAAUGCUGGCCAUUCUUCCGAUUCUGAAACAUACAUAUAUAAUCCUAAAUCUACAUUUCUUAUUCUACAUUUAGUUUAGCCGACUUUAUGCAAUUGGUUAAAAAAAUUUAUUUCAAAGCUAAUCCAAUUUUUGAUUUUUGAACCAUCUCCAUCUAAAGGGUCAAAAUUGGUUCAGCUGAGUGGACUUUAAAAUUAAGCCUAAGUUUUCGAAAGUCAUCUAGAUGAUCCAUCCGGAGGAGUUGCACUUUUAGUGUCUAAACAAACAAAACUUUCAUCUCCAUCCAGAUAGCUCAUCUGGAUGGAGAAACGAACCGGCCAUAAGUCCUUCCAUAGAUCCGAGACACCCUCAAAUUAAUAAAAAGAAAAUUACUAUUAAAAUCUUUCAUUAUUACUAGUUAUUGUUUCUAUGUUUUUAUUAUAUAUUUUAAUGUUCUUGAGAUUUAAAAUUUUCUAUAUUUUAAUUAUUUUUAAAUAUUUAACUAAAGCAUAAUUCUUUAACAACAGCUUUAAAAAACAAUGGCAGCAAAGCUCUCUUGGCCAAAUCCUCAAGACCCUUCUAAGAUGAAAACGCGUGGGAUCCAUCAACUUUGAUAAAGACCUUUCUCUUUCCUAGCAAAGAUCACAAACCUCCAAAGUAUUCAGAAUAGUUACACAAUAUGGCUUUGCAUCUUUCUUUUGACUUGGUCUGCUCCCUCAAAACACUGCCUCAUCACACAACACAUUGGGUCCAAGUGCUGUAUAUAGGGACAGUGAGAGAUAUGUCAAAAGAGAUUCAGCUGCCAGGUUUCAGAUUCCAUCCAACUGAGGAAGAGCUUCUUGAUUUCUACCUCAAGAACACGGUUUACGGGAAAAGAUGUAAAGUGGAAGUCAUUGGUUUUCUCAACAUUUACGGUCAUGAUCCAUGGGACUUACCUCGUUUAUCAACAAUUGGGGAGAGGGAAUGGUAUUUUCUUGUGCCAAGAGAAAGGAAGCAUGGGGACGGAGGGAGACCAAGCAGGAUAACUGAGAAAGGAUAUUGGAAAGCAACUGGGUCUGAUCGUAAGAUCAUAAGCUCGUCUGAGCCAAAACGUAUGAUUGGGCUCAAGAAGACUCUUGUGUUCUACACAGGAAGAGCACCAGGAGGAACCAAGACUGAUUGGGUCAUGAACGAGUUCCGGAUGCCUGAUAACCUCACCUUACCAAAGAGCGUUGUGCUUUGCAAGAUAUAUAGAAAAGCCACUUCACUUAAAGUAUUGGAGCAAAGAGCAGAGAUGGAAGCUAAGAUGAAUCAAACACGCCCAAGCUCUCCUCUCUCGUCUUCGGACACGAAUUGUUUAGCUGGAAAAGAGGAAGACGUGAUGAUGACCUCGUUCCCUUUUCCUCAAGCAGAAGCCAUGAAACAACCAAACCACAUCUUAAUGCUUCAAGGGCAUAACGAAAAUGCUAAGAACAAAGAGAAACAGAGAGAAACCGAGAGAAAGCAACCUUCUUCAUCACUGAAACUGCCAUCUGGGGUCUUACCAAUACCCGAGCUGCAGCUACCUAAACAAGGAUUCGAAUUGGGACAAGACCAGUUCUUGAGUAUAAGCCCAUGGCUGCAGAAUCUUACACCUAUAAUCAACCUAUUAUAUUUUUAGUUAUGCAUCGAAGAUAUCUCGUACUAAGAUUUAAUUAUUCUUCAGUGUUACCCUCCUUCACCAGCGAAAUACAGAACUUGUCGGAUGUAAGAUGUUUGGCUUUAGCUUAAGAGUUACCAACAGUAGUAAGUGACUCUUCUAUACUCAUGUAGGGAUAUAAAAAUUUACAAAAUAAUCAAAUUAUAUGUAUUUAGUGUGUAUUUUCAUUUGUUGAUCAAUUUAAAACUAUUUUAUAUU